AUGACUAUUUUAACACCUGAUAGCAGUGGUCAACUAAAGUAUAUAACUACAAAUGAUCAAAAUGUAGUUAUCUCAUUAAAUGUUAAAACAAUUUAUGGAAAUAAUAUUGGAGACUACUGUGCAAAGUCAGUUACAACAACACUUGAAUCAAUCACAUUCCAAGAAGGAUCUUUACUAACAGAAAUUCAACCUUAUGCUUUCUAUAGUUGCACUCUUCUCACAAAAAUUGACUUAUCACCAUGCACAAACCUCAUUUCUGUACAAAGUUAUGCAUUUUCUAAAUGUUCAUCUGUUACUACACUUUUUCUUCCAGAAGGCUUACAAACAAUUGAAAGCAACGCUUUUUCAUACCUGAAGAUCACUAAUGUAAUAAUUCCAUCUACAGUUAAUAGUUUAGGCGGUGCAUGUAUUGCAAUGAUGUCAUCUCUCACUCAGAUCACAUUUUCACCAAAUUCAGUUCUGACUGAAAUUCCAAAAUAUGCAUUUCAAGGUACAGGACUCACAUCAUUUAAUAUUCCAUCAAGUGUCACAAGUUUUACAGGUAUCUGUUUUAGCCAAUGUCGUGAUAUUUCUCGGAUUACAUGUGAUUCUAAUAACAAGCAAUAUUAUGCAAAUGGGCAAGCUGUUUUCAGUCUCACGGGUUUAGGAAUCAUCUAUGUUGCAUCAAACAUCGGAAACAGUUACACAGUCCCAGAUGGAAUUAGUUAUUCAGAUCUCGGAUGUUUCAUUUCAACAAGAUUGGAGACUGUGACAUUUCCAUCAUCAUUUAUUUCUAUUGGUGCAUUAUGUUUUGUUCGUGCUACAGAAUUUAAAAUUGUCAAUAUGCCCGAUUCUAUUAAUUUCAUCGGAAGUUCAUCAUUUCGAAGCACGACAUCACUUACAUCAAUCAAUCUACCAUCAUCGCUUAAUCAAAUCUCACAACUCCUUUUCGAAGGUUCAGGAAUUACAACCAUUAAAAUUCCAAACAAUGUGACAAUAAUUGGAAAACAAGCAUUCAAAGACUGUAUUUAUUUAACAGACAUAUAUCUUCCAUCAGGUAUUGAAACGAUUGAAGGAGGUUUCAUCGAAGGAUGCAAUCCAACUAUUCAUGCAUCAGAAGACGGAAAUUUCAUCAUUGACAGCCAAAACUUGAUCACAGACAAGAGUCAAACAUAUAUCUCAAUAUAUGUUGGUACAGAAGAGUCAUCAAUCACUAUUUACAGUACAGUCAAAACAAUAAAAACAUCUGCAUUCAAAAACAAAACUAACUUGAAGACAAUUACAUUUGAUAAUUCAUUUAAUGUUGAAACCAUUGAAUCAUAUGCAUUCUUUGGAUGUUCAGGACUCACAUCAUUUCCUUCACUUUCUAGUGUCAAGACUAUUGGUGAUUAUGCGUUUUCUGAAGUUUCUUUGAUUGAUUCAUUUUCAUUUGGUUCAGAGUUGACAACCAUUGGAAGUUUCUCUUUUUAUCGAUGUUCUAAAAUGAAAUCUUUGGUUUUCAAUUCUAAAUCAAAUCUCUCACAUGUGGAAUUGAUUAUGAUAACAAAACUAUUUUGUUCAAAGAAAUGUUGA